UAGAAACCAUUCAGGGUUACCAUGGAAACAUAACAAUCCGAGCAGCUCCGGGCUAGCGCGUCAAAGAAAAAACAACACACAAUGGCUGUGAAUGUCAAAACUGUUUUGGAGAUCCCAAAGCUUUCAGACCACAGCAGCUGUGAAGACGAUGAUGAUAAUUAUUUCACAGAUCUGCAACAGCAUGAUAAUAAUCUAACAGAGUCUGAUAAGCUGUUAAAUAACCUUACUGGCAAAGUUAUAUUAGAGCAGGAGAAAAUCAAAAAGAACGAACAAGUGGCGAGACAAAUUACUGUACUGAAUGCUACUACAGAAAUCAAGCUUCCAAGCCGAACUAACUGUAUGAUUGGCUCUGAUGAUGGACUUUACCUGUUUUUGGGUCACACUCAUGGUCUGUCGGUCAUCAGUACAUCCAGUCUGACUUGUGUGAAGACAUGGCAGGAUGAACGAGUGGAGAUCACCAGCAUCUCUUGUGCCUCUCUUGGAAAUGUCACACACCUCUUGGGGACAGUGGAUGACAUGGGUAUUGCGCAGGUUUUUUUACAUCACAAGGAGAAUACUUAUUUAAUAAAAGUCAUCAAUGAAACUGAUGAUAUAAACCAAAGAAACAUCUGUGUAAAGUUUGAAGUAUCUAGGAGUGGGGCAUUUGGAGCUGCAGUUAUGAUGUGUACAUUUCCUAUUAAAAUAUGUACAUACAAUUUUAAAAAUAGUAUUACUGAUUCAUUAAUGCCAUUGUCAUAUAUUGUCUUUGAAGCCCAUGGAUCUGUUUGGCUGGAUCUCUAUCGCUUCCCACAAGAGACGUGGCUUAAAGAGCUUGAAGCCAAACAGGCCACACAAUCCCCACGGGCCACUGAAGCAAAAUUGUCUCCGGUAGUCUUACUCAUGAAGAUCAAACCUCCCGAAAUCCCUGCAGGAACCUCACUGAAAAGUCCAUUUGAGGUCUUGCAAAAGACAGAAGAAGGCACCAUGAUAGGCUCAGGCCAAAAUCACCUCAUUAGUAGUCAACAAUGGGAAAGCCAAGAUCUGGCGUUUAGGAAAAUGUAUGCAAAGUACAUCAACACCAGCUCUGCAGGACCACCACAGCAAAAAGUAGAGGUUCCCAGCAACUGUACUUGUCACUUCUUAUUUAAUGAAGGUUUUCAUUCAGUGCCUGGGGAAGUGAAGGCAGCUGGAGAUACUCCCACUUCUGUGUGCCUGUGGUGGAAUGGCAGUCGUAAUCUCUUACAAUAUCUUCUGUUGAAGGCCCCUAAAGAGAAAGACAAUGAACCCAGACCAGAUGUUUUAUGGCCCAAUUCCCAGGAAAUCCUUUGCUCUGCGGUCAGUUCCUGCACACGGUUUAUUGUUCUAGGGCUUGACAAUCAACUUGUUACUAUAUGGGACCGACGGUUUGGGUCUCCAUAUGCCAAUAUUGUGAUCCCAGGAGACAGUGCCAUAUGCAGGAUUAAGCUCCUUCUGCAAAGUGAACCAUCAGUCAAUCUUCUUCAGGGUCCCUAUUUACCAACACUACAGUUAGUGCUGACUUGCAGAAGUGGGACAUGUUACAGUGUGACUGCAGGACAAGGAGGAGACACAAGCAUUGUUGCACUUAUUGAGAGAUCUGCAGACGCAAGCAGUUCUGUCACUUUUGCUGGACCUGUGCCAUUCCUAAAAUGUCUGGCUUUGUUGAUGCAGAGAAAUGGGCAAGUAUCUUUAUGGGAAAUGGAGGAUGGAGAACCAAUGUUCAUCUUAAACCUGCCUCACACUCAAGUAUCUGGCUCACUCAGAGAACCUGUGUGUGUGCUUGAGCCACUCCAGCAAAAACUCUACAUUGUUGGUGAUAGAAAAACACCCUUGGCAAAGGUGAUCAACAGGGAAGAGAAUGAUGGCUCUCUCUUUGUCUUCAGCUUCUCUGAAUGUUCUUUGUUGGAUCAGCACCGAGUUGUAAGACCAGCUGUAACUGAAAAAGUAACCAAAGCCACAAUUUUGGAUUUGGAGGAAGCCUGUAAUGCUUACAUUAAGGAAAGAGCUGACUCAUGGAAAGAGACGGACAGAAAAUUGGCUUACCAAUGGGAGCAGCUACUGAAGCAUGGUAUUAAAUAAAACACAGAACAUAAUAAGAAUCAGAAGUAAUCUGACCGACAGCACAUUUUCCUUUUCCUAUAUUAAUGUGGAUCAAAUGCAUGCACGCAUUCAUUCAUUCAUUCAUCUAUAGUGAUUCGUUUUUAAACAAUGAAUACAGUACGUUCGGAGCACUUCCAUUUUAAAAGUUAUUUUUCAGUUCAGUGGUUAUGAGAAGGGUAAAUGUCACUUCUCAAGCAAUGCUGCAUGAUGCUUAGGCCAGUGCAAAUGAGCUUAUAUAUGCACAUGACUUAAUAUAUGUUUAUAUAUGCAUGCGUAAUCUGUGCAAUUGCAUAAGUGUAUUAGUAAUGGUUCCAGCAUAUCUUUUUCUACACUUACAGCUCAAUUGCGAUAAGUAGUUGUUAUGUAAUACACAAAACAUCAGAAUAUUUGUUUGUUCGCAGUGCACAGACUAUUGCAAACUGACUUUUCAGAAAACGUUCAUAUAAUAUCACAGCUAAUGAUGUCUCACACACAUUAUACUGAAUGUCAACACCAUUUUCCGGGUUGUAAUGCUUUGUUCAUUUCAUAUGACAGAUCAUGGGCACUCGUUUUCAGCUUUGUUCUACUUAAGUCUUUUCCAGCAAGCACAUCUUUUCAUGAUUAGUGCAGUUUGUACUGAACAUCAAGUUCAUUUAACUUGAGCUUCACUAUUAAUCAAUGCAGCUAUUUUUUUUUAAAUACACUUAUCAUUUUAAAUCAUUUAUGCCAAUUUGUUUAUCCACUGUUUCACCACAUCAUUACUUUUUAAUUGGACUGCCAGAGGGCAGUUAGGGACGAUUUUUGGUGAGCUUAUGGAACUUUGAACAAUCUGACUCACAGCCCAUAACCACAUUACCAUGCAUAAACUUAAUGAUCUGUGUUAAACCCCUCAAGCCUUCCAAUUCAUUUGAUUGUGGUUCCAUUUUUUAGACCGCAAGACAAAACACAAAAUGCUCAAUUUUAACCCUUAUAGUUGUAAUUUUAAAUCAGUCUACUUUAUUUAAACAAUUAUGAAUCCAUGCAAUGUUUCAAGUCGAGUAAAUUGUAAAAAGUCACAAUUUACAGUUUAAAUUUUUUAUUUAUUUUAUUUUUUUUU